AUGGAUCAAUAUAAAAAAAUUGAAGCAAGAAAACACACUGUAAAUUCUAAUAAACUAUCCUCAUCUGUUUCUGAUAUUGAUCAACUAUGUAAUUUGAUUGAUCAAACUGCAUUUGGUUUUAAAACUUUAUCGUCAUCAAAAUUUCAUUCGGUUCCAUCUUAUCAAGUAAAAGCAUUUCGUUCAUCACGUCUUAAACGUUUACAUUCAUCAUCAAAACCAAAAUCAAAUAUAACUAGAAAUGGCAAUCUUUCGUUAUUUCGGUCAAUGCAUUUGAGUAUUUCAUCAUCUCUAUUAAAAAGAUUUCGUUCAUUAUCAACAGAUAAUCCUCCUCGAACACGUCGUUCUUCAUCACCCACGAUAACAUUAUUUCGAACGAAAUCAAUACUUCCAUCGAUUAAUGAAGACGAACUAAAAUCAUCAACAACAACAACAACAACACAAUCUCAAUUAUCAUGUACUAUUGUUGAUACAUGUCGAACAACAGCUAAUUCAUGUAAUGUCGAAGAAUUAGCUGCUUAUUUAGAUAAUUUUCUUUAUUUGCCUAAAUCAUUAUCUGGUGCAGCUGAACUUAUGUAUACUUAA